CAAUGACACUGGGACCUAUAGCUCUCGGGGUAGCUGUCAUCGCCGCCAGCACACCUGCACUACUCGGCAACUCCCGUAACCCCAUGCCACCUAUGUAACGACCACCAUAGCUUCACCACCGUGACGACGCCCCCAAACCAAUCCAGCCUAUUGCGCGCGAGAAUUCCCACUCGACAUGCCCUCAUCGCCGUAAAACACCCAUCCAUGGCACAAAACCCCUACGCAGGCUUCAAUGCCUCCGCCGACCCGUACACGCAGAGCAGCGACUCCCUCGCCGCCGCAACCCCAAACCCGCCGCGGGAACGCAGCCCGGGUGCAACACCAAGCACAGACGAUUACGACCCGUACGGCGACAGAUACGGUACCCCGCCUCUAGGCACACCACCACCGCAGCAGGCUGCGAAUCGCGAGCAGCAGAGACGCGCGCCGCAGCCGCCGGGGCAGGGGCGCGCGGGGGGGUAUGGUGGGUUCUAUGCGCAGAGUAUUGCUCCGGCGGGCAGCGCUGGGCCGUCGCCUAAGCAGCCGUUGCCGGUGCCGAGGGCGCCGCCGCAGCAGCAGCAGCAGGUGUAUGGGGGGAGGGAUAAUAGGUCGAGAGAGAAUUUGCCGGCGCCGGGGCAGCAGGCGCAGAGGAGACCGUCGGAUGAGUCGAGGGGGUUUAGGAAUGGAGCGUCUGAUGGUGGGAGUAUGAGGCCGCCUGAUGGGCCGGCGGCGAGGGAGUUUAGGAAACCGAGUAUGGGGGAGAGAUCGUACUCGGGUGGUCAGAAUAAUUCGGUUGCGAGGGAUAGAGAGAGAGCUGUUACGAGGGGGGGUGGUGGGAGUGGGACGAGGCAGAUCGAAGAUGUUCUCCAAUAUAUCCAGUCCGAAUGGUCCUUUAUGGCGCAAGACAAAUGUGUACCGGUCCAGGUCGCGCUCCAGCUCAUGGACUCGAGCUCCCUUGGCCGAGCGAACCAAUACAGCGAGUUUCAAGCAACCCAUAAGCAAUUACAACGAGCGCUGAAAGCUAUUGUCAAUGAACACCAUCAGGGUUUCAACAGUUCGAUCGGUACAUUCCACAAAAUCCAAUCAAGCAUACAAUCGUCUCAGACAAGGUUACGGCAACUGAGGGAAUCAUUGUCACAAGCUAAAAGUGGCCUGUCAACUACACGCCCAGAAUUGAAGGGGUUGGCUUCGACUUCACAGGGUUACGAUGAGAUGCUCCAAUGCCUAGCCCAGAUAGAGCAUCUGCGGCUGGUGACAGACAAGCUGGAGGCAAGGAUAUCAGAGAAGCGAUUCUUGACAGCGGUUGAUGUGCUUCAAGAUGCUCUCAGACUACUCAGGAAACCCGAAAUGGACAAUAUUGGUGCCUUGAGCGACCUGCGGGCAUACCUGGCGAACCAAGAGACGAGUUUGACGGACAUCCUGAUCGAGGAGCUGCAUAGCCAUCUAUACUUGAAAUCACCUUACUGUCAAGAUCGAUGGAAGGCCCAUGUUAAGGAGAUCAGCCAAGGCGCCAGCUCGGAAGGCCGUGACGCUUCUGUGCCUGAGUUACCACCGCUAUACCAUUUCCUCGACGAACUUGACACAGAAAACCCUAUGGUGGAAGACCCGACAAGGAACCCCGAGGCCGACAGCUUCUAUUAUAUCCAAUUACUUGUUGAAUCGCUGAAUAAAAUGGAUCGACUAGACGUCGCUGUGAACGCUAUUGAGCAGAGACUACCUGUUGAGCUUUUCAGAGUUGUGGACAAGACCAAUAACGAAGUUGACCGAAGACACCCCAAUGUCUCCCGUGGCACUGGCAAUAAUCAGAAAAACCGAGUUGAUCUUGGUAUUGAGAAUGAUGAUGUCAGGCACGUUGUUAUUAGCGACCUACUGUGGACAUUAUAUGCAAAAUUCGAGUCUAUAGCCGAGGGGCACCGCGUCUUCCACGAUGUUGUCGUGGGAAUAGCGAAGCGCGAGAACAUUCGUGAACCGGAAUCCCUGACGGGUAGUUUUAGAGAGUUGUGGAUGCUUUAUCAAAACGAGAUACGCUCCUUAUUACAUGACUAUCUCGCGACAGAUACCAAUAUCUACCGAAUGAGCCAGUCGAUUAGUCAAGAUGCGGAUGUGUUCAAACGGGGGCAGCGAAAUAAGAGCAAGAAGAUAUUCAGCCUAUCGGAUAUUGAUCCGAAGUCAUCUAUCAUGAAUAUUGAAUUUGAUGACCUGGAGUCUAUCCUGAAGACAUCUGUGCCGGGAUUAGUUUCCGUUUCUAAACGCCCAACGGGCACUACAUCGGACGACAAAGCUCCUAAAACCGAUGGAGCUGCUACUGGGCAUAAAUUACUGAUUGACCCGAGCGUUUUCAAUAUGGGUGCCCUCUUACCGCCGUCUUUGGCCUUCCUGCAAAGACUUAAAGACAUUGUGCCUCCGGCGCCAGAAAUCAAGACGAAGUCGUUGACAUCGUUCCUUGACGAUUUCCUCGUCAACGUGUUCCUUCCUCAACUUGACGAGACAUUGGUGAAGUUCAGUAGCCAAACAUUCGAGGAAGGAGAUGCGUUCCAGGAAGAUCCUAAGUGGGCAGAAGUUGCACGACGGCCUAUCCUCAAGGGGUGCUCAGCAUUCUUUGAUCUCAUCACGGCGUUCUGUCGCAUGCUGGACACCAUUCCGCACGACCAAGCCUUCAGCCAGCUUAUUAUUACGCAGAUGGUCAGUUAUUAUGACAGGUGCUGCGACUGGUACCAAGCGCUGGUGUCGAAAACCCAGGAUUCAGAAUCAUAUGGUCCAUCCCUGAAAGCGUCGGCUGCCAUCGCAAUGGGGCCUGGCGAGAUUCACGAUACCGUCAAGAAGCUUUGGACGGAUGGGGAGGAGAACCGCAGCCUUUUGGACAAAGAGAGUGGUCUUCUAAUAUUGCAAACAAAUGAGAAUCCUCUGGCUGACUCUGAUAUUAUAUUGGAUCGGAAGAUUAUCACAUCUCUUUGUCUGCUAUAUACGAGUAUGAGGUGGCUGGCUAGCAAGAUCAACCAGCUUCGGAAUAUCACGCAUCAUGACGCUGAUUCUUCCCGACGGACAACAAUGCGUGCAUCACAAAGCCGUCGCUGGACUUUACUACAGGCUGCAGGAGGGCCUGGUGAUAAUGGCUCUGUAUACCUACCGAUGACACAAGAGACUGUUGUCGCCUUCGACUCAAUCGUCUCGUCAUACCAAGAUCUCGCCGGCACUGUCCUGUUGAACCUGCACGUUGAGAGCCGAUGCCAGAUUGUGCAGACCCUCGCACUUGCCCUAUCUCCCUCCAACGCACCUUACCUUUUGGAACAAGUCGUCAGCGACCCCGACCCUCGCAUCUUAUCCCUCAAUGCCGAACUUGUCGCCUACGACGAGACGACCAGCCACUACCUCCAUGACAAAGAAAUAAGCUUUCUCCGCAACGGCCUGGCCCUCCUCAUUGACAACUACCUCGUCACCAAUGCUGGCAUGGUACAGCCCAUGAAUGCCAACGGCUGCGGACGCAUGCAGCUUAACAUCCUCGUCCUACAGCAGAACCUCAAAAACAUUGAGCCGGAUUCCAGCCUCACCCGCUCCGCAGACUACUACGACCUCUUCAUGGAGGGCUCCGCCGCUGUGCUGGAGAAGGCCAAGGAGCCAAAGGGCAAGGAUGGAAACCCAGAGUUCACCUACGACGAGCUGAAGACGCUGAUUGAGCUCUGCUUCAGCGAGCAGAUGGCCGACCCGGAGCGAGGAGUUAGCACUGUGGCAAAGCGGAAUAUGGGAGAUCUCCUACUUCAACUCAGCGAGUAUAUGUGGCAGAGCUGAUUUGAUGGGACGUUGGUGUUGGAAUCAUUUUCAGGGGGAAGGCGGGCGUAUGGGAACGGGUCACUUGGAUGGAUACCUUGGCGGAAUGAUUGGGUGGGAUUGUACAGUACAUUAUAUAUAUCCGAUGUGAUAUUUGGCAGGUGAGCUGGGCGUGUAAUAUCUAUUGGAGAGCGGGCUUCAUUCAGGAUACAGUUAAGGACACAAUACCAGGCAGGCGCUUCCUUCCCACCAU